AAAAAUUUUGCAUCCAGCAUCUUUCGAUAAUCGGAACGCGAUUCAGAACACCGGAACGGAGGAAGGUCCUCGCGAUCUGGAAACGGCGACGACGGAAAGGGAGCAAGCCGUGCUCUCAAAAGAAGCCUUAACCCUAGCCGCUUUUGACGGCACCGACGACCUAGAAACUCGUAAUACUCUGUUUCAGUUUCAGCACUCAUCUCUUCCAUCACAAGAGGCUCAAAUCUUACUAGCUUGAAAGCGAAGUCACGUUAUUAGGCGUUGACGCCUUGAUAAUGACGGACUGGGCGGUGACGCAUAAGCUAUGGGAGAAAUGGAUCGUUAAUAACGUUGGCGCAUCUGGGGAACCGCUGAAGGCUGCCUUACUGAUUAACUACGAUCCCGCUGCUCCAUCGAGGCUUGUAUCUUUCAUAGCAGAACAAGAAGGUACAAAUUUCAAGCCUGCUGAUUUACGACAAUUCCUAAAUUUUAUCAAACGGAACAAUCUCCAAACUGAGUUCUUCUUUCUAGGAUCAAGCCAAUAUUUAGUCACGUCAAUACAUGAGCACUGGUUCUGUGCUAGGUGUAUAAAUACAUCUAGACCUGCAGGUGAAGGUGUUAUUAUUAUGCAGAUAGCAGCUUAUCUUUUAGUUGCAAUGUACGAAGGUUCUAUAGGCUCUGCAACUCAAGCAAUGGCUGCUGCAGAACAGUUUGUGUGGCAGUUGAGCCGAAGAAUUCACUGAAAUCUGUACAUUUCUUUUAUACCUAUUCUAAGGUUAUGUGAUAUGCAUUUAAUGCUUUUCCAUUGAUGAUAUGUGUUCAUUGGUAAUCUGUAAUCAAUUUGGAGUUAACAGCUGUAUUUCUGCAUGGCUCUUAACUAAUUUCCUGAUUUAUCACUUUGUUAA